UAGUCUGUGUCUCCGAGUCGGGGAGGAAGCACGACUCUUUAUCACGUCAUUUGUGUUUAGGCGUUCGGCAGGAAACGGUCUUUCCUCCUGGAUUGUUGCAGUAAGACGGACGCGAUAUUUUCUCCUGCUCAAUGCACCGCUCGGUCCAGACCACGCGAAGACCAGCCAGAAGGAAAAAUGCCUUCUUCGCAAAAAAGUGUCCCACCUUCAAUUUUCCUUCUGUUUCUGGGCGCCCUGGUGCCCCCGAGCUCGCGCUGGACUAUCCACCCGCGCCUUGCCAGUGCGCUACAGAUCCAACAAGCGUUCACAUCAACGAAUGAGACCAAUAACUUCGUGGUGGAUGGAGUUUCACAAAGGGUAUACCUGGCGACAGUGAAUGCGCUUUACCAGCUUAACAGUACAACACUUACCAAGGAAGUGGAGAGGCGCACUGGCCCCGUGGAUGAUAAUCCGUUGUGCCAUGCGCCUCAGCUGCCACAGGCUCCAUGUGAACAUGCCAAGACCUCUACGGACAAUCACAACAAACUUAUUGUGUUUGAUCGCGAACAAGGUGUCCUUGUGACAUGUGGGUCGGUGUACCAAGGCUUCUGUGAACUACUCAAGGUGGAUAAUGUCUCGCAGGUCGCAGUGGAGUUCCCACCUCGCGCUGCCAAAACAGUGUUUCCAAGUAUGCUGAACAUCGCAGCGAACCACCCCAACGCAAGUACUGUUGGCCUCGUCUUUAAAAGUCAUGGGGGAAACACUCGUUUACUUGUUGGGGCUACGUACACGGGUUCUGGAACCCCCUAUUUUCCUCAGAACCACAGUAAAGAGGACCUGCGUUUCGAAAACACACCAGAAAUCGCAAUCAGAUCCCUCAACACUAAAUAUCUCGAUCGACUUUUCACCUACGAUAUAAAUCCGUCAGAAGACAACGUAUUUAAAAUCAAACAGGAAGACAAACAGAAAAACAAACUUAACUUUGUUCAUGCCUUCACGCAAAAAAGUUACGCAUAUAUUGCUCUAAAUAACGACGCAAAUACAGGUCAUAAGGAAAGCCAGCCAAAUAGCUUAUUGGCACGCAUCUGUCUGGAUACUGAAAGCCCCCGCAGGACUACUGAAAUUCGAAAACUUACUGAGUCGUAUAUCCAAACUGGACUUCAGUGCGGGGAUGGGAAUAUUUACAAGCGGCUGGUGUCAGUUUAUCCAGCAGAGAUUUACUCCGAGGAAAAGCAACAGCAGGAGUCCGUUCUCUUUGGUGUUUUUAGCAAGUCGGAUAAAAGCCCACUUACGGCGUUGUGCGCAUUCAGGUUCGAUGACAUAGAGGAGGCCAUACGUCAGGGCAGAAGGAAUUGCUCCAAUGUGCCAAACACUGCUGAUGUACAGGUGCUAGACAGCGUGAUUCAAGGAUCCGGUUCUGUAUGCAUCUCUAAGCAUAACAUAGUGCUGCAGCCUGAGCAGCUUAACUGUGGAGCAGCUCACUUGCAGCAUCCGCUGGCUUUGAAGAGGCCCCUGAGGGCUACACCAAUUUACGAAUCCCAAGGUCUCAGUGCUGUCGCCGUUGACAAUGUACACGACCAUACCAUUGUGUUCCUGGGCACCAGUAAUGGUAGACUGCGGAAGCUAUCUCUCUGGGGAAACCUGACGUUGGCCAAACGUCCCUGGUCCCUGAAGCUGCCUGCUAGGGAACCAGUGCACCACAUCAUGACCUUCGACCCCAAUGACAGGAACUAUCUGUACCUCAUGACGUCUCAUCAUCUGUUGCGGGUGAGGGUGGCCUCGUGUUCUCAGUACAGCUCAUGCGGUGAGUGUCUGAGUGCCGGCGAUGCCCAUUGUGGCUGGUGUACCCUGGAGAGCAGGUGCUCCAUCCAGGGGGAGUGUGGCCAGAGCUCUACGCUACGAGGCUGGAUUGGCAUCAGCGAGGGGACUCUGCAGUGCCCCACUAUCACAAUCACCCCACCUGAAAUCAGCCACUCCGCUGACAUCAAGGAUGUGGGCAUUCUGAUCAACGGGAGUGUUCCUGACCUGCGUGGCCUAGUGGAGUGUGAUUACGGUCGGGGCCUCUCGACCCGUGCCACGGUACAUCUGGGCUCAGAUGCUGCCCACAUUCAGACCUGUCCCCUGCCUCCCAGAGACAGCUAUCCCAGCAUUCCACCUCACAGAGACCAUGUAACUGUUCCUGUGACGAUUAAAGUCAACCACGCUGAGCUGGUUUCCGGCAGCUUUAUCAUCUAUGAUUGCGUAAAGACAGGGAAGAUCAAUUCCAAAACUGCGUGCAGCAGCUGCCUGAGUAAUGGGUGGCGCUGUUUCUGGGACCUGCAGGGGGAGGUGUGUGUCUCAGGCAAAGACUCGGCCCAGGGAACACUGCUGGAGAAUUCCACUUCCUGUCCCAGUUUGAAGGCCCAGGAAGUCCCUCCGCUACCCUCUGGAGUGACACAGGACUUCACCCUGGAGUUGCUCAAUGUGGAGCCGGGAGCCGAGCUGGACUGCGACUUUGGAAAUGGGAAGACCUACCCGGCUAGCUGGCUACCAGCACAGCCAGGCUUCGUGAAAUGCAGCGGAGUGACGCUGAGUACCACGGAGAGGAGUGAGAUGUUCCAGCUGAACCUGAAGCCAAGGAACCGGGACACGUACAUCGACAGCCCUCAGCCUAUUACAGUGGAGGUGUAUAACUGUGGCUCUGGCAGCAGUGACUGCUCCCAGUGUUGGGGUCGAGAGGAUCAGGGUCAUCUGUGUGCCUGGUGUGACAACACCUGUCGCCCGCGCGGCCAGUGCCAGUACCCGCACACACCCUGUCCAGCACCAGAGAUCAGCAAGGUCUCCCCCCUCAGCGGGCCCCUGGAGGGGGGCACCCAGCUCACUGUCUGGGGCAGAAACCUCGGCUGGCGGGCAAAAGAUGUCCAGGUGUUUAUUGGGAGUGUGCCAUGCUCCAUACUGGAGGACCAGUACAUCAUCUCAGAGAAAGUGAAAUGUGUGACUGGACCAUCAGAACGACCGAUGAAGGAUGCUGUGACCGUCAUUGUAAAGAACUCCAGUGGAUCCUCUACAGAAUCCUUUACUUAUCUGGAGCCCAGGGUGCUGUCCAUGCAGCCCACCAAGGGCCCUCGUGCUGGGGGCACACGUGUCAUCAUCACCGGAGAGCACCUGGGCGCUGGAACCAGAGUGCGAGUAAGAGUCAACGGCACUCAGGACUGCCGCAUUCUGAGCCGCUCUGCAGACAGUAUAGAGUGCACGAUGCCAGCAGCAGUUACGGCGACUGCGGACAGUGUGUCUGUGUGUGUGGAGUUUGAUGGCAACUCCUGUCAGAGCCACAGUCUCAGCAGUAACUACAGCUACGAGACAGACCCCCACAUCAGCAACAUCAAGCCCACCAAGAGCUACCGCAGUGGUGGGCGCCCCAUUGCAGUUACAGGGCAGGAUUUUGACCUGGUGCAGAUUGUUUCCAUGGAGGUGGUGGACGUUGGACUGGUGGAGUGCUCCGUGCAGUCGCCAUCUUUUAUUUUGUGCCACUCCCCACCCUCUGACCAAUCACGUAAGGCUGAGGUGAAUUUCUAUCUGAACGGGGUGCUGUACGUGGGGGAGAGACGCAGCUCCGCUGAGCAGGGACUGGACGAGGAGGAAGAGGAGGAUGAGGAUGAGGAAGAUGAGCUAGGGCCUCACUCAGGUGUCUUUCCCAUGGAGUAUGUGGAAGAUCCACAGUUCUACACUGCCUCCAAGGAGAAAGUCAUCAAACAUCAUCCUGGAGAGCCCCUCACUCUUAUUAUCACGAAGGGCCCCACAGAGCUUGAGCUAACGCAGGAUGAAUACUCGGUGACGAUUGGCUCAUAUCCUUGCGACAUCAGCUUCCACAAUGACCAGCUGUUCCACUGCACCCUUAAUGCAUCACUGAGCUCCAGUGAGACUGAACUUCCUGUCACUGUGUGUGUGGGGAACUUGAGGAGUGUGAUAGCCCGCGUGCAGCUGGGAAGCAAAGAGCUGGCUAUAGUCAUCUCCAUUGUGUGCAGUGUGCUGCUGUUAUUCUGCACUGUUGCGCUGGUGGUGUACUGCACUAAGAGCAGGAGGGCCGAGCGCUACUGGCAGAAGACUCUGCUGCAGAUGGAGGAGAUGGAGUCGCAGAUCAGAGAUGAGAUCCGGAAAGGUUUUGCCGAGCUGCAGACAGACAUGACUGACCUGACCAAAGAGCUGAACAGCAGUCAAGGCAUCCCCUUCCUGGAGUACAAGCAGUUUGUCACUCGCACCUUCUUCCCUAAAAUGUGUUCGGACUAUGAAAGGAGCCUGGUGCAGCCGGUGUAUGAGAACGAUCCCCAGGGUCCUCGGGCAGUGCCCGAGACACACCCCCUGCUUCAGGACUGGCAGACCUCAAACACAUGUAAACCAAACAUGGAGGAGGGCAUCACCCUCUUCUCCACGCUCCUGAACAACAAGCACUUUCUGGUGACGUUCGUCCAUGCCCUAGAGCAGCAGAAGGACUUUGCUGUUCGAGACAGAUGUAAUCUGGCCUCCCUGCUCACUAUUGCCCUCCAUGGCAAACUGGAAUAUUACACCAGCAUCAUGAAGGACCUGCUGGUGGACCUGAUCGACGCCUCGGCCUCCAAGAACCCCAAGCUGAUGCUGCGGCGCACAGAGAGCGUGGUGGAGAAGAUGCUCACCAACUGGAUGUCCAUCUGCAUGUACAGCUACCUCAAGGAGAGAGUAGGAGAGCCCUUCUUCCUGCUGUUGUGUGCCAUUAAACAACAAAUCAACAAGGGCUCCAUUGACGCCAUCACGGGCAAGGCCCGCUACACCCUCAAUGAGGAGUGGCUCCUGAGAGAGAACAUUGAGGCCAAGCCACAGAACAUCAACGUGUCUUUCCAAGGCUGUGGCAUGGACUCUCUGAGCGUGCGAGUGAUGAACACAGACACCAUCUGUCAGGUGAAGGAGAAGAUUCUGGAAGCCUUCUACAAGAACCUGCCCUUUUCCCAGUGGCCACACUCGGAAGAUGUUGACCUGGAGUGGUUUCCUAGUGGUGGAGGCAGCAGGAUUCUCCAAGACCUGGACAACACCUCGGGCAUGGAGGAUGGAAGGAAGAAGCUGAACACUGUUGUCCAUUACCAGAUCCCAGAGGGUGCUGCUAUGGCCAUGAGCAUGAAGGACAAGAGAGAAAACACACUGGGAAGAGUUAAAGACUUGGACACAGAAAAGUACGUCCAUCUGGUGCUGCCCCAUGACGAGCUGCUGGAGAACAAGAGGAGCCAGCGGCAGAGCCACCGCAAGAAGGUCCUGCCAGAGAUCUACCUGACCCGCCUCCUGUCCACCAAAGGGACACUGCAGAAGUUCCUGGACGAUCUGUUCCAGGCCAUCCUGUCCAUGCCACAGGAGCGCCCACCACUGGCGGUCAAGUACUUCUUUGACUUCCUGGAGGAGCAGGCUGACAAGCGUGGCAUCAGUGACCCAGACACUCUCCAUAUUUGGAAAACCAACAGUUUGCCGCUGCGCUUCUGGGUGAACAUUUUGAAGAACCCGCAGUUUGUGUUUGACAUUGACAAGACAGACCAUAUGGAUGCUUGUCUGUCGGUGAUCGCACAAGCCUUCAUCGAUGCCUGCUCCAUCUCAGACUUGCAGCUGGGCAAGGACUCUCCCACCAACAAGCUGCUUUAUGCCAAAGAGAUCCCAGAGUACAAGAAGAGGGUGCAGGGCUACUAUCGGCAGAUCCAGGAGAUGCAGCCGCUGAGCGAGCAGGAGAUGAACGCACACCUGGCCGAGGAGUCAAGGAAAUACCGAAAUGAGUUCAACACAAAUCUGGCAUUGACUGAAAUCUACAAGUAUGCCAAGAGAUACCGCAACCAGGUGGUGAACGCUCUGGAGUCCAACCCUACGGCGCGCCGCACACAGCUGCAUCAUAAGUUCGAGCAGGUCAUCGCCCUGGUGGAGGACAACAUCUACGAGUGCCAAAGUGAGGCCUAAAGGCCAAUCACACGCCUCGAAGACAUCCUGGCUCGUUCUGCUUGACCAGGACAAACUUUGUGUUAAAGACUUUCUGCUGAAUGGCCGGGAUGGUGAACCAAUGCAGGGGGUGGAGGGGGUGUGCGUAGGCUAAAAGGCCUCUAGUUGGAUACUGGACAAGGUCACGGAUUGGGAUCGAAUGACAGAACAAGGGGAACCGAGAGAGAUGUGGUCUAGAGAACGUUCCCAUCCCCUUUCUCAUCUCUGUUUCUGUGGUGUGUGUUUAUGUGUGACGGUGUAAGUAGGUCGCUCUCUCACACGUUCCCUGCUGAUGUGGGUUCCCUUGCGGGAGGGGUGGGUGGGAAGGGGGGUCGGGCUGGUCGCGCUGGAACCCGCGGUUCCACAGCCCUGUUUUAGCACUGACCUGCUCUGAGAGCUGUUGAUGCACUGGACUGAACAGUAAUCGUCCUCACUAGUAUUUAUAUGUCUUACUGAGGGGGGACAACACUUCUGUCAUUAUGAACAGAAUGGUGUUUGUAGUGAACUGGCAAAUGGGACCUCCCCUCUCUAUGUAGUCUGCACUGUUCUCAGGUCUGAUUGUCCAAAAAAGUGGAUUUUUUUCCUUUCAUGGUGCUUCAAGUAAAAAAAAUGCCUUUUACUUUUUUUGCAUACAGAUCCCACCAUGCUUUGCUUGCUGGUUAGAAGAAGACAUGGGGAGUGUGUAGAUGUUUGUGAGGUCGUCUGCUGUGGUGUAGGCCCAUAUCUGAGCCCAUAGAGAUUUUUGUGUGUGUGUGUGUGUGUGUGUGUGUGUGUGUGUGUGAGAGUGAGUGUGUGCGUGUAUGUGUGUGUGGAUAGGUGUAUGGGAGGGAGGUUGUAGGGGUUCUUAUAAUUUAGUAUUUGUUUGGCGAUAACCUAUUACUAGGUGGUGUUUGUGUAAGGUAAGGAGUACAAAUAGAUGCUUCUUCGAAGAAAGAGGGAAAUUUUAUUAAAUAUAACUACUAUGAAGUUAAACUGUUUUUUUUUAUUCUUUGAGACAUUGUCAUGCAUAAAAGUCUGAAACUAUA